AUGCGUGAACCCGAAGAGGGUCACGUGUCGGGGCAGGCAAACGAACCCCUAUCUGGACUGCCUCAUACUUUGAGUGGUGAACAAUGUGCCAUUGAAAUUGGAGCGAAUAUUCUCGAUGGCCUCAGUGCCUCGGAAGCCAAAUCCCGCCUUGAGAAGUACGGGGCGAAUGAGCUCGAUGAUGGCCCUGGAGUUUCUCCUGUCAAAAUUCUCAUUCGGCAAGUUGCGAAUGCAAUGACUCUAGUGCUGAUGCUGGCCAUGGGGGUCAGUUUCGGAAUCGGUUCCUACAUUGAGGGUGGAGUCAUCUCCGCAGUCAUUGUUUUGAACAUUGUUGUGGGAUUCUUCCAGGAGUUUAGUGCUGAGAAGACGAUGAGCUCUCUACGCUCGUUGAGCUCCCCAACGGCAACAGUUAUUCGUAAUGGAGAUACUAUUGUCGUACCCACAGGAGAGCUUGCCUUUGGCGAUCUUGUUGAGGUAAAGGUCGGGGACACAGUCCCUGCGGAUAUUCGCUUAACUGAGUCCAUGAACCUUGAGACAGAUGAAGCUCUGCUCACAGGCGAAUCUCUCCCAGUUCAGAAAGAAGCCAGUCGAUUUUUUCCGGCAGACACCGGGCCAGGAGAUCGCCUUAAUGUCAUAUUCAGUUCAUCGACCGUCACAAAAGGUCGCGGUCGCGGUGUCGUCUUUGCCACGGGAAUGAGUACAGAGAUUGGUUCUAUCGCUGCAGCUCUUCGUGGCCAGCCAUCACGCAGGCGCCAAGUUAAGCGCAACCCAGAUGGGAGUGCAAAGCCGUAUCGAUAUGUUGAGGCUGGUGCACUUACCUUGGGCGACUUCAUUGGCCAUUUUCUUGGUGUCAAUGUCGGCACACCAUUGCAGCGCAAACUUUCGAAGCUCGCAAUGCUUCUCCUGGGAAUUGCUGUCGUCUGUGCAAUUAUUGUCCUUGGCGCAAAUAAGUUCUCCGACGAUACUGAGGUCAUCAUUUAUGCUGUGGCCACGGGCCUGUCGAUGAUUCCCGCUUCUCUUAUUGUUGUCCUGACCAUCACCAUGGCUGCUGGUACUAAGAGAAUGGUUAAACGCAACGUCGUCGUCCGGAAACUUGACUCUCUCGAAGCCUUGGGUGGCGUCACAGACAUUUGUUCCGACAAGACUGGUACCCUCACGCAAGGUAAAAUGGUUGUCAAGAAAGUCUGGGUUCCUAGUAAGGGCACUUACUCCGUCGGCAACUCCGAGAACCCAAUUGAUCCAACCCUUGGUGAUCUGUCCCACCACCAAUCUGCUCCAGUUGAUUGCGUAGCAGAGAAUGGGGAUGGAGUAAUGGCGAGCGCAGCCGAAAUUCUCCACGACAACGAGGACCUCGAAGAAUUCUUGAAUAUCGCAUCACUUGCAAAUCUGGCCCAUGUCCAUAAAACGGAAAGUGAAUGGAAAGCCCGUGGAGACCCAACCGAUAUUGCCAUUCAAGUUCUUGCGUCUCGAUUCAACUGGAACCGGAAUCGCUUCAUCUCGGAGGACAACCCAAUAUGGACACAGCGCGCAGAAUACCCCUUUGACUCAAAUAUCAAGAAGAUGUCAGUGAUCUUCGAGAGUAACUCGAGGUCGAUGGUCUUCACAAAGGGUGCUGUCGAGAGAGUUUUGGAAUCUUGUUCAACGAUUGUUGGGCCCAAUGGCGAGGCGCCACUCACUGAGGAUGUUCAUGGCUACAUAAUUGAAAACAUGGAGAACCUCGCUAGCCAAGGUCUCCGUGUCCUUGCAUUAGCAAGUAAGGAAUUGCUCAACCCGAUCAACGAGCUGAAGCCUCCGGGGCGCAGCUGCGUCGAAGAACACCUAGUGUUCCGUGGUCUAGUCGGCCUUUAUGACCCCCCUCGACCGGAAUCUGCUGGCGCGGUGCGCCAAUGCUACGCAUCUGGUAUUGUAGUUCAUAUGUUGACUGGGGAUCACCCGAGUACUGCUCGUGCGAUCGCUCUUCAAGUUGGUAUCUUGCCGGCAAACAUAGCAUUGAUCGCCCAAGACAAGAUCGACACAAUGGUCAUGGCCGCAGGGCAAUUUGACAAACUCUCCGACGACGAGAUCGAUGCAAUGCCCCAUCUGCCACUCGUUAUUGCACGGUGCUCCCCGAAUACCAAGGUGCGAAUGAUUGAAGCUUUGCAUCGUCGCAACCGUUUCGCCGCCAUGACUGGUGAUGGGGUCAAUGACUCCCCAUCCCUGAAGCGCGCAGAUGUUGGUAUUGCAAUGGGACUUGCUGGCUCUGAUGUUGCGAAGGAUGCUUCAGAUAUCGUCUUGACGGAUGACAAUUUUGCCUCCAUCCUUAACGCUGUCGAAGAAGGGCGCAGGAUGUUCGACAACAUCCAGAAAUUCAUUCUGCACUUACUUGCCGAGAACAUUGCCCAAGCGUGUACCCUCCUCAUCGGUCUCGCGUUCAAAGAUAACUCGAGUCUCUCUGUCUUUCCCCUCUCCCCUGUCGAGAUUCUCUGGGUUAUUAUGGUUACUUCGAGUCUGCCGGAUAUGGGACUGGGGUUCGAAAGGCCGGCACCAGAUAUCAUGUCACGACCCCCUCAUCCUCUAGAAGUUGGCGUCUUCACCUGGGAAGUCAUGCUCGACAUGCUUGUGUACGGGCUCUGGAUGGCUACCCUCUGCCUGACUGCUUUCUCUGUCGUCCUCUUCGGAUUUGGAGAUGGUAACCUGGGUUCGCGUUGUAACGACUCUUACUCGGCGCAGUGUGACACAGUAUUCCGUGCUCGCGCCACCACCUUUGUUUGCCUGACCUGGUUCGCCUUGUUCCUGGCCUGGGAAAUGAUUAAUAUGCGACGCAGUUUCUUCAGAAUGCAGCCAAAGAGCAAGAAGUACUUCACGCAGUGGGCUCAUGAUGUUUGGGGCAACAAGUUUCUAUUCUGGUCGGUGGUUGCUGGAUUCGUGACGAUUUUCCCGACACUGUAUAUUCCGGUGCUCAACCACGUGGUCUUCAAGCAUGAGGGCAUUUCCUGGGAAUGGGCCAUCGUAUUUAUUGAGACGAUUCUCUUUGUCGCUGGAUGCGAGACGUGGAAAUGGUGCAAGCGCAUAUAUUUCCGCCGACGCGGAGCCAAAGCAGGUGGAAAGGUCGAGGACCUGGAAAAGCGGGCUUUCGCGGCAUAUUUUGCCGAGUCAGAAUGA